UGCUAGGAACGAGGGGGCGGUCCCGCUGGGCGGCAGCCACAGGAUUCCUGUCAGGAACGGCGGCGGCGGCGGCUGGAGUGGCGCCCGCGGAGCCGCUUCUUCGUCCGCCCCCGCAGCGCGGCCCCGGAGCGGCGAUGCCCUCGGACUUCAUCUCUCUGCUCAGCGCCGACCUCGACCUCGAGUCGCCCAAGUCCCUCUACUCCAAGGAAUCAGUCUAUGAUCUCCUCCCUAAAGAGCUGCAGCUGCCACCUUCCAGAGAACUCUCAGUAGCAUCCAUGAGUCAAACCAGUGGGGGCGAAGUGGGUUCGCCCCCUCCGGGCGUAGUUGCUGCUGAUGCUUCUUCAGCUCCCUCUUCCUCCGUGGGCGGUGCUUGCAGCUCCUUUGCCACCUCUUCCGGCCCCACCACUUACUCUACCUCAGUCACUGACAGCAAAGCUAUGCAAGUGGAGGGCUGCUCCUCAGCCAUGGGGGUAAGUAACCGUGGGGUAAGUGACAAGCCGUUAACCAAUAACACAGUCCAGCAGCAGCAGCAGCAGCAGCUACAGUCCACCCCGAAGAGGCACACAGUCCUGUACAUCUCACCACCACCAGAGGAUUUGCUGGACAACAGCCGGAUGUCCUGCCAGGAUGAGGGGUGCGGAUUGGAGUCUGAGCAGAGCUGCAGUAUGUGGAUGGAAGACUCCCCCUCUAACUUCAGUAACAUGAGUACCAGUUCCUACAAUGAUAACACUGAGGUGCCACGUAAAUCUCGUAAACGAAAUCCAAAGCAGAGGCCAGGGGUCAAACCGAGAGAUUGUGAAGAAUCGACCAUGGAUAUCUUUGAUGCUGACAGUGCCAAAGCGCCUCAUUAUGUCCUCUCUCAACUCGGCACGGAGAGCAAAAGCAACUUGAAAGCAGGAAAUGGAACCCCAGAAGUCCCCAAGGCGACUGGAGGGAAGAAGAGCCCUAUGUUGUGUGGCCAGUACCUGAGUAAAAGUGAAGGCAAAGAGCUGAAGAUCCUGGUACAGCCGGAGACUCAACACAGAGCUCGCUACCUCACUGAGGGCAGCCGAGGCUCCGUGAAAGACAGAACCCAGCAGGGAUUCCCCACGGUCAAGGUGGAAGGUCACAACGAUCCAGUGACCUUACAGAUAUUUGUGGGUAAUGACUCUGGCCGGGUGAAGCCCCAUGGAUUCUAUCAAGCCUGCAGGGUCACAGGCCGGAACACCACGCCCUGCAAAGAGGUGGACAUCGAGGGCACAACUGUCAUCGAAGUGAGCCUGGACCCAAGUAACAGCAUGACCCUGGCGGUGGACUGUGUUGGAAUUCUGAAAUUGAGGAAUGCAGACGUCGAAGCCCGAAUAGGCAUUGCUGGUUCUAAGAAAAAAAGCACCCGAGCCAGACUGGUUUUCCGUGUCAGCAUCCCUCGGAAAGAUGGAUCUGUUCUAACGCUGCAGACUCCGUCCUCGCCCAUUCUGUGCACUCAACCUGCAGGUGUGCCGGAGAUCCUCAAGAAAAGCCUGCAUAGCUGUUCAGUGAAAGGAGAAGAGGAGGUCUUUUUGAUUGGGAAGAAUUUUCUGAAGGGAACCAAAGUGAUCUUCCAAGAGAACAUCUCUGACGAAAGCUCCUGGAAAGCCGAGGCAGAAAUUGACAUGGAGCUGUUUCAUCAGAAUCAUCUAAUUGUGAAGGUGCCACCUUAUCAUGACCAGCAAAUAACUACACCUGUUUCUGUUGGGAUUUUUGUCAUGACCAAUGCUGGGAGAUCACAUGACAUACAACAAUUUACAUACACUCCGGAUACACCAGCUCAGACUCUGAAUGUGAAUGUGAAGCAGGAAAUAUCCAGCCCAACCCAGCCCUGCUCUUUUGUUGACGCAGCCAAAGCGAACUCCAGUGGCUGCAAGCUGGACCAAGUCAAUCUUCUCCCCAGUGCCUUGGUACCUCCUCUCAGGCCAACCAGUAUCGUUAAGAAUGAAGAGGCUGCGCCAAUGGAACUUGUGGCCGAGAAGAGGUCUCUUCCUGCCUUCAAUACAGCCAGCGCCAUUGGGCCAUCUCAAACCACUCUGGAGACCACCGUAUCCAGCAUCUUGGGGAAUGGCACUUUCUCCCCUCCUGCUUCUCAUUUAGCUCCAGAGAGUGAAAAGCAGCCCCUGCCACCCACGUAUCCUCCUGAGACCAGGCCUUCCCUUCAGGUUCCAGACCUGGUGCAGCCUGGCAGCUUCCCAGCCGCCUCUGCUCCCAGCCAGCUCCAGAACAGCGACACCCUCCUGCAGCAGGCCUCCCAGUUCUCCUUGAGGGAGCCUUCCUCCAGAGAGGCUUUGCAGUCAGACAACACAGCCAUGGCUUUGUCCCAGCUAGCGGACGCCCCGCAGCAGCCCCCUUGCCUCCAGGAGUCCAGCCAGGCCCUGCAGCAGCAGAUCUCCUCAAGCAUGUUCUCCUCGGCCGGCGGGGUGAGCCAGCUUCAGAGCACAAUCCAGCAGCUGCAGGCGGGGAGUUUUCAGUCCAGCCCCGGUGGCAGCGGCAGCAGAAACAUGGACCUGGUUCAGCAAGUCCUGGAAGCUCAGCAGCAGCUGUCCUCUGUCCUCUUUUCGGGCUCCGAGGGGAGUGAGGAGGUCCAAGAGCAGCUCAGUGUGGACCUUUUCCAGCAGGUGAGCCAGAUCCAGAAUGGAGUCAACCAGGGCAUGUUUUCUUCAUCGGACUCCCUUCGCUCAAGGGCAGAAGACCUUCUCCCCGGCCGAACCGAGGCCCUGUGCCCACAGCCGGAGACUUCGAUGGCGGGACAGCAGCAGGCACAAGCGAUGGAGACGUCUGCUGCGAUGGUGAUGGACAUGCAGCAAGGCCUUUGCCAGGCCCCCAGCCACAUGCCCUCCGACUUGUUCGCCUCCUCCUCCUCCUCUUCCUCCUCCUCCUCCUCCUCCUCAGGGAAUGGAAGCAUCCAGCAGUCCCCCGUGUACCCGCCAACUUCCCAUUUGAUGGGUGGGCUGUCGGCAAGUGAAGACAUGCAAAUGCAGUGUGAGCUGUUCUCUCCCAGCAGUGUCUCAAGCAACGAUACGGGUGCCACAGGGCAGCCGCAGCCGCCGCCGCAGGAGCAGCAGGUGCCCACCAGCGGCCCUGCCCUGUUCCCGGCUUCGGGCUCCGUGGACAGCAAAGAAGCUUCAGGGCAAGCCAAGCAGAUGCAGAGCCCUGUCUUUCGGGCGAUGGUCCAGAUGCAGCGCAGUGGGGACAGCCAGGCCCAGGUUGCUCUCUUCCCUUCCUCGGAGGACAUGAUGGCUGCCGUCCAAGGCACCGCAGCCCAGCAGCAGGGACUCUUCCAGCAGAGUGGGGAGAUGCUCUCUCUCCAGGCGGGCCCUUUCUUGCCCCCGGCUGCCCACUCCCAGCCUCAGCUGUUCCACUCUCAGAGCCCCCUUGGGGACACCCAGAGCAUCUCUCAGGAGGCCCCCAGUUCUCUGUUCCACAGCCAGAGUUCAGCCGCUGCUUCGGAGCAGCUGCAGCAGCAGCAGCAGCAGCAGCAGCAGCAGCAGCCCCUGUUUCACUCCCAGGGCAGCCUCGGAGUUGUUCCGGACCAGCAGGCAGGCAGCCUGUUCCUCUCCCAGAAUGCUUUGGGCUCCUCUGUUGUGCAGGAGGAGCAGAUGCCCUUCUUCGCUACCCAGAGCUCUCUUUCUCCCUUGCAAGGCCCGGCCAGGACUGAGCAGCAACCCUCCUUCCAGCAGCCCCACCUCCAAGGCCCUCUGCUCCCCCAGGAGCAGCACCAGGCGACACACCAGGGCCUCUUCCAGGCCCAAGUAACCCUGGGCCCCCUCCCUGCCUCUGGGCUGCCUCCCAACCAACAGGGGGGCAUGUUCCAAGCUCAGCAUUCACUUGUGGCUCUUCAAAGUAGUGCCUCCACCCACGAACAGCAGCAGCAGCAGCAGCAGCAGCAGCAGCAGCAAAAUAUGCAGUUCAGCAGUCAGAACGCCUUGGGGUCUGUGGCCUCCCAGAAGCCAACGCUGCUCUUCAGCUCCAAUCCCAGCACGAUGACCAGCCAGGAGCCCCAGCAGAGCCAGCCUCUCUUCCACCCCCCGAGUAGCCUGGCCCCGAGGAGCCAAGAGCAGCAGCCCAUGCAGUUCCAGAGCCAGAGCUCGGGCUCCACCCAAGCUGAGCCACCACAGCCACCGCCAAGUUUAUUCCGUGGCUCCCCCCAGAUCCAGCUGGUCCAGGGAUCCCCCAGCCCCCAGGAGCAGCCAGUCACCCUCUUCAUAUCAUCGGCCUCCAUGUCUGCCUUGCAGAGCAACAUGAGCCAGCAGGAGUUGCAGCAACCCCCCCUGUACUCCCCACAGGGCAACCUGCCCAAUAUCCAGGACUCUCCGCCGCCCCCCCAGCAGCAGCAGCAGCAGCAGCAGCAGCAGCAGCAGGCGGCAGCCUCUCUGUUCCACAGUGGACCUCCUGCUGGAAGCCCCAUCAACCGGCUGCAGAACUCCUCCACUUCAUCCCCACAAACCUCUGGGAUAUUCCUCUUUGGCAUCCAAGACAGUUGCGGGCAGCUGUUAACAUCUGGACCAGGUUCCGUAUCAGAGCAGAUGAUGACCCUCAGCCAAGCACAGAAUGAGGCACCGCCGUCCGUCACGGCUCUCCUGUCCCAGCAAAUGUCAGAGAGUCCUCAGAUUUCUUCUGCAAUGACCACCGAUCAGAAUAUAAAGAAGAUUGAUGACUUGCUUGUAUCCCUACAAAAUCAGGGGAACAAUUCCAUGGCUGGCUCCUUCUAACAGGUGAGAAAUCGUGCACUGGACAGACUGCAUUAGCUCUGGUGAUUCUGGAGUUAACUCUUCUCUGUUGAAAGAUGGCCUAAAGCAACCCACUCUGGAAGUUCUGCUGAAGUGGGGGGCAAAGCCAGGUUUUGGGUUAGCCAGGCGUGGGCUGGACUGUUAUCCCCAUCCCCAGUUCUGUGGGGGAUGCGGAGUGUGGCUGUCACCUGUCAGCAAAAGGCAAGAACGUUGGGCUCGCUCUCUCCCUCUCCCGUUCGUUUUCUGGUUUUUACGAUUCUUCGGGCGCAUUUCCUGUGUCCUCAAUCAUUUGAUGGCUUCCCAUGAUUUGUGGCUAAGUAUGAGAAUGGUUUCCAUUGGAAAAAGUGGCUUGAGCUGUCUGGCAGAAGUCUUCUGUGUACGCUGUGAAUCCCACCCAGGAUCAUGACUUGAUGCUGCACGUGUCGGGUGAUGAAUGAGCAUACCUGGAUUGGGCUCGGAAGCAGCAGCUGGUGUCCCAUCCGAGUGGUGGGAGAGGCUUGAGGGGCACCAGGGGGGCCUUGUAGAGAGGACAGCCUCGGAUCAGGGCUGUGGCUUGCUGAGAGCUGGGCGCAAGUGCUCCGCUCUUCCCCCUUCUCAGAAGAACCAGUUGCUGCUCUAAGGAACCGGGCUCUUUGGGGAGUCUGCUGUGAUCAGACGGUGGCUGACUCUUCUUAAAGCUUCUCACUGGAGUUUCCCACCCUCCUAUUUAAAUAUUCUGCCAUGUACAGAAUUAAUAUUUCGGAGGACCAGAAAACCAGAAAAAAAUGUUUGGUGAUGAAUGCACAGCAAGAUUUAGGGAAGGAAGAGUAGAGUUUAGGUUGCUUUUGACACCGUUGCUAUUGCUGGGGACAUGGGGCCUUCUCUAAGCUCCCCUUUGAACUCCCAAGGCCCGGGAGCAGCUUUGCUCCUGCCACAGGCGUUGGAUAGAAGGCCAGCGCGGUCCUAGCAGACUCUCCUGGGGUUCACCUCCUGCAGCCGCCUCCGGGUCUCUUGCGCAUCCACCCCUGUGGGCAGCGCCUGCCACUCCGGAGGGUCCCUGGGCAGCUCUUGCGGAGCUCCAGGGCUGCUGGGGGGACGUCUCGGCUGCUUGUCUUCUGUGUUGGGAAGCGUGUCACUUGUCUCCCUCGUGCGCCCCGGGGGGGAGGGGGGGGCUUCUUACUCAUGCUGUGCCAGUCCGUCUCUUCUUCAGUUAGUGGUCCGUGUGUUCUGUCCCAAGGAGUUUGGGGUUACGACGUUUUCAGGAGUAUGAAGGGAACUUUUCAGAAAGAGACCUGACUCAAGGUCCUUUAAUUUUGAAUACAGUUUUCAGUCGUUCAAGUUUUGAAUGGUUUAUAUCUAAUGUGUGUUUCAUUUUUUGGAAAGCUCUAUUUUGUACUUAGUAAAUGAUAAACUACUUCGCUAUUUGUACUAGAUGAGUACAUUGGCGCCUAUAUAUAUAUAUAUAUAUAUAUAAAAACACACAUGUUCACACAACUAUGUUCUUCUUGCCACAGAUUUUUGUGGCAUGUGUGUGAGUUUAUAGUCUCUUCCCCCACCACCUGGUGUCCGGUUCUGGGGGAAAGGGGAUGGGUUUGUUAAAUCUUCAUGGAGUAUUUCUGUACUUUUUGUGGCAGGCGUUUGUUUCUUCUUGGUCUCGGGCCCUUCCAUCCGUGCUGGCUGGCCACAAAGGCAGCUUCGUGCCUGAGGGACGGAGCUCCUGCUGCGGGGGGGCUUCGCAGGGGAGUCCCUCAGGGUGACUUCUUAAAAGCUGGGAUUUGAUUCCGCUUUUAUUCUAUGUUAAUGUCUAACAUUUUUGCGGGCUUUUUAAUUUAUAACACUAAUACCUUCUGCUUUCCCUCUUUUGUAAAUCCCAUCAAUUCCUUGAACCCAAUUCUGAUGCUGAGAAAGAGAUGCACACAUGCUGAGGGAAUUAUGGGGAGGUGGUAAGGCGAGUCCAAAAGCCCCCAAGCCAGUUUGCUUUUUUGGGGUGGCGGGGGGUCACAGUCUGAGGUCAGCUCCUUGUCCUGUCGGAAGGGUGCCGGGGGGGGGGGGGGGGGGGCAGUCUGGUGAGCUGCUUGGGGCCAAUGACGCUGAGACACCCGGGACCAAUCCUUCACUGAACCGAGGUUCUGCCCAGGGAGCUGCUGAUCCUCCUUCCACUUCUUGUAACUUCAGCGCCUGCUGCUUGUGCAAAAUGGUGAAAUGGAUACUUUCUUGGUCGGUUUUUACUUUUCCUUGGUCCAGUUUAGGUCAAUAUUUAAAUGUGCAACAUUUUGAAGAUGUGAUUUGGUUAUCAAGUGUGUCUUUUUGGAGCAAAGGGGCUGCUCAAUAGCUGGCAGAGGCUGGUCCUUCAUCUUUGCUCCUGCUUUCUGUGGGCAAAGGGAACGGAGUGAGCAGAGCUUCCCUUGGCAGGCCCUUCACCUGGCGGCCUUCCUGCCCAAGGGCUGCAUUUCCCACCUCGCUAUUUUCAGGGCACUGGCACCAGGAAUGUGAGGGACACUGAAGAACGAGAAGGCCAACGGGGAGGAAGGAGAUGGUCCCUGCCUUUGAUGUCCAACUCCCUAGCUAAAGCAGGGAUCGCGGGAUUCAUUGGUAGAAUUAAGUAAGGCUUUAGGGUUACAAGCCCCAGGAAGAAGAUUGAAGUUCCAAAGAAAGUGUGGUCUUUUAAAAUACAGUACAUCCCCUUUAUUGAAGUUUAUAGAAAGAAUUUCCCCAUACAGGUAGUCCUUGACUUACAUCCUUUCCUUUUGUGACCAAAGUUACAAGGGUACUGAAAAAAGGGGCUUCCACUGAUCCUCCCACUUCACUGUCACCGUCUCCCCAUGGUCAGGUGAUCAAAACCCCAGCCCUUGUAGACAGCUGCCAGUUGCAGUGUCCCGGGGUCAAGGGACAGCCGUUUGAGACCCUCCCAGCCAUCUUCUGACAAGCAGAGCCGGUGGGGAAAGACCGAUUCAGUUAAGGACUGGGCGGUUGGCCUGGCAACCAGGGUGUCUUUCCCUUAGCAAUUGCCAUUCUUAGCAAUGGAAACUCUGGUCUCAGUUGUGGUCAUAAGUUGAGGGUUACCUAUAGAAUAAAAGGCAAAUUGAAAGAAAAAAGAAAGUACAAGAAAUGGAAAAAAGAAAAGAAAUUAAUUUUCAACAGACAGUUGAUUUAAUAAUCCCUCCUUAGAUAUAUAUAAUGAAAUGUAUAAUCCCUCAGUC